AAUGGCAGAGGUGUGUUUGAUGGCAGACGGGCGUUGAAUGAGAAACAAAUCUUUAUGUAGCAGUUUUGGCGUCUGGGAGGACUAACAGAUUAUGAUGAGUGGGUGGUGAUGGCAGAUGUGAUCCAGUUUAUCAAAGAGGAUCUGUCUUUUACUACAAGAAAAUGAUUGCUUCAGAUCAACUGUCUGGCAGAGUGCAAAAGACCUCGGCAGGGUACUCCUAUAGAAGGGUGCCAGUGGCCAGAUCUCCCACCAGAAGGCUGGAUGCUCUGAAAGAAAAACAUCAGAUGUUACUGGAGUCAAUGAGAAAGCAGUUUAACAUGGAAGUGAGUGUGGAUACGAGAGAAACAGAGCAUCUUGGAGAGGAAUCAGUGAAAAUUGCCAAGAAGCAGGUAACGUCAUCCAGAAAUUGCAAACCCUUAUCCCAAGGACAAAGAAGUGAAGCUCAAGAUGCCAACGUGACAAAGAGAGAAACCAAAAGCAGCAGUGAAAUUCAGUUAGACUGUUAUGUCAAGCUCAUUCCACUGAGAAGUAGUCCACGAAGAAGUGCGAAAAGUACAAAGAAGGAGGAAGAAGUAUUGGCAACAGAAGUGGUCCACCUUGAUGUACCAAACACCUCUCCACAGUACAAGAAAAUGGCUGAUGUAGACCAGUUUUCAAAAUUACCAAAUACCUCACCAGGGAAUCCACAGAGACGGGUGUUAGUUCCCAGGUCUGCCACCAGAAAGUCAGGUGCUCAGAAAGAAAAACAGUUAUCAGAAUUGAAAUCUAUUGAUAGCAGAGAAACAUACAAAGAGGUUCAUAGGGAGAAAUCAGUGAAAAUUGACCAGAAGCAAAUAAUUUCAUCCAGAAGUUGCAAAUCCACUGCCAGUGGACUGAGAACUGAAGCCCAAGAAAUCAACAAGACAAAGAGAAGAAAUCCCAAAGGUGCUGGGAAGGAGGAACAGGUGGUGUCAACAAAUGCAAUGAAGCAGGAUAUGCCAAAUGCCUCAGUACAUUACAAGAGAGUGGCUGUUACAGAGGUUCAAAAUGCAUCAAGAGGACAGAUAUAUCGUCAGUGGCCUACAACUGUAAAUUCUCUUAAAGCAACACAUCAUGUGAAAGAAAAGCAAACCAUUCUCAAGUCUAUGAGGGAGCAGUUUAACAUGAAACCACCAAAGAAUCAUCAGGAAGAAGAGUCUGAUAAGCUUGGCAGUUACAAUGGAAAGAUAUUUAAGAUUCUAGAGUCCAUGAGAGAACAGUUUAAUGGAGAAAUGCCAUUGAAUAAGGACGUAGAAAGAAAAGAGACAGAUGGAAAUAGUACCAGUGAAGAGGACCUGCCCAAGCAUAACAGCUCUCUCUCUGGUCAGAAAGUUCCUCCAAGGUCUAAGCAAGAAAGCCAGAGUGUAACGAGCAUUAGCCCCAACAUCUCCGUUAAAAUAAGCAACAAGAGGAAUAUUAUAGGUGACAGAAAAGGGGGAUCUUCUGAGUGCCCAGCUGUGGCAAGGAAGACAUCUCAGACAGAGAGAAGAAAAAGACAGUGCAAGGAAACAUCAGUCAUAUAAGCAGGCAUGUGUCUAAGGAUCAUUAGAAAGUGUUUUUAAAUUAAAGGGACCCAUUCCAAGGUGUCAACUCUGUGUGUGUGUGUGUGUGUGUGUGAGUGUGUGUGUGUGUGUGUGUGUGUGUGUGU